CAUCUAUUCUUAGGCAUAGAAUGAUAAAAAACGGGGGUUAAAUCUUUCCAUUUACACUAUUUGCAGCCAACUAUUUAUGAAUGAAAAACAUGCUAAGUCAAGUUAAAUAUUGAUGAUAUUCUGAAUUCGUUUUUGUUCAACUACCAAGGGGAGUUAACCUUUCAGUGGUGUAGAUACAUCGGGGAAAGGUGAUAUAUUUUCAGAAAUCGUCGAUAAUAAAACUUGGGAAACGACAAUCUUCUCAGUAUAAAUCAUGAAUCGUGUAGCGGCUCUAGUUUCUACGAAGUGGUUGAAAGAUGUCAUUGCAUCAAACUCUAAAUGCAUCAGGAUAAUUGAUGCUUCUUGGCACCUCCCAACGUCAGGCAGAAACGGAAACGUUGAAUUUCAACAAAAACACAUCCCUGGUGCACAGUUUUUCGACAUUGACGAGUGCGCUGACAAAAGUUCACCCUACGGACAUAUGCUACCGAGCCCAUUAGAGUUUGAAGCAUAUGUUGGAGGUCUUGGCAUUGGAAAUGACACACACGUUGUAGUGUAUGAUAAUAAUGAACAUUUUGGGCUCUUUUCAGCUCAACGUGUAUGGUGGACAUUUCGAGCUUUUGGCCAUGAUAACGUUUCAGUAUUAGAUGGAGGAUUUCCUAAGUGGUGCAGAGAGAGCAACCUUACUUCAUCUGAAUCACAGUCUGUUUCCACCAAACCUUUUAAGGCUAACUUUGUUCCUUCAUUUGUAAAAUCUUUUGGAGAUGUGAAAAGAAAUAUAGAUGACAAACAAUUCCAGCUUGUUGAUGCAAGGGCCUCUGGUCGCUUCCAAGGGAAAUCUCCUGAACCUAGACCAAACAUCAAUCCUGGACACAUUCCUGGUUCAGUAAAUAUACCCUUUAUGAGUGUGCUGGAUCCUGACAAGAAGACCAUGAAGACUGAGGCUGAACUACGGCAGUUGUUUGCCUCUGCAAACAUUGACCUUUCCAAACCCUUGACUGUGUCCUGUGGAUCAGGAGUAUCUGCUUGUUGUAUUGCACUUGCAGCUUAUCAGUGCAGCAAGGAGGAUGUGUCUAUCUAUGAUGGGUCGUGGACAGAGUGGUAUCUACGUGCCCCGCCCAGUGACAGGGCUGACUGCCCACAGGACUAGUUGACCCUGCAAGACCUGUCUCAUAGCUACAAUACAGAAGAAUGACUGUGAAAUGGUCAGCCAUCAGACCCUAUUGAAUGUAGUUGCAGGACAACAGGUUUCUACUUGUGACAUUUUGUACCUAAAUAGAAAGUUGAAAAAUUGUGUAGCAGGGCCUGAGUAAAGUAUACUUGUGCUCUCAUUGUGUGCACAAUGGUGUUGGAUGAAUAAGGUCUAUGGCUUAUCAAGAUGGAGAGUUUGAGGGGAGAGGCAGCAGCAGUGUUUCCUGUUCUGUUGCCUGUAUCUUAGAGGGAAACAAAAGUCCAGCUUUGAAAGCGUUGAAACAUAGAUUGGAUUAGCACACUAUAAUUUCAACAGGUUUUACUUGAGCACUGUGCCAAUAGGAGGAUCAAAAGACAGUCUUUCAUAACAAAGGAUAUUACAUAAAGUGGUACAUCCCAACUGA